AUGUCUGCACUAAAGCUCAACCAACCCGAAACCCUUCUGGGGUUGAGUAUGGCCGAAGCGCGGAUGAUCAUUCUCGGUGUACUGAGUUCUGAUAAAUCUGGCAAAGUUGACUUUGAUAAGAUGGCCGUCAAGGGAGGCUACAAGAACGCUCAAUCUGCCAGUACUCUCUAUCACAAGGCUAAGCGUAGGCUUUUCGAUAUCCAUAAUAACCCGGCCGAUCAAGAAGCUGAAAACGCCCGCAAGCGUGGCAAGGACAAGGCUGUCGCCGAUGAUGACAACACUGGUGCUAUCGAGACUACACCAACUCCUUCUAAGGGGAAGCGUCAGAAGACGGCAGCUACCGCGAAGACCCCGAAGACCCCUCGCUCUGCGCCGAAGGCUGUGAAGACAGAGGCUCCAAAAUCCGGAGGCGCCACUACUCUCACACCGGCCGAAGACAAAGUCGCCGUGAAGAUGGAAGAACAUGAUCCGGAGCUCGAAAACAGUACCAUCAAGGAGGAGUCGAAGUCUUCUGAUGACGAGGAACUUAUGAGUACCAGCCAGAUGAGUGCAGAGUUUUCUGGCAUGGGACAGCGCCCAGAUACUCCCAAGUAA